AUGGCGGAAAGUGUAGAUAUACAGAGACUAAAGAUAAAGAAAAGAGUAGCGAAGGCUGGUUUCACGCGCAUCGAAAACUUUAUAAAGGCAAUACAGCCCGACAGUGUUGAUGUAGAAGAAGUAAGAAUAAGAUUAGAUAAGUUAGAGGAGUUGCAAAAAACAUUAGAGGAAAGCCUAGUAGAGUUAGCUGUUUAUGAUAAAGACAUAAGUGAAGAGCAAAUUGACUUGGAGAUUGCAGGUUACGAAGAAAAAUAUGUCAAUCUGAAACGAGCGGGCGUAAGAAUCAUUCAAGAGCGCGUUAAACCAGCCUCAACUGCUAAUCAGGACCAAGCGAUCGCGGAAAUUCCCUUUGAACGUAAUAACGUAAGAAAUAGAGCAAGCGAAACUCAGAUUAGACUACCAAAAAUUGAACUACCGACAUUUAGCGGAGUUUACGAGGAGUGGCAUUCCUUCUUUGGUAUCUUUGACUCAUUAAUACAUUCUAAUAACCUUUUAAAUGAGGUUCAAAAAUUUCUAAAUAGAGCAAGCGAAACUCAGAUUAGACUACCAAAAAUUGAACUACCGACAUUUAGCGGAGUUUACGAGGAGUGGCAUUCCUUCUUUGGAGAAGCGGCGGAAGCUAUAGAAUCAAUAGAAAUUACGGGAGCAAAUUAUCGCGAUGCUUGGUACAGAUUAAAAGAACGAUAUGACAAUGAACGAGUCGCAGUUCAAAAACAUAUCAAGGCAAUAUUCGAAUUGCCAGCGCUAAGAAAGGAAAAUAGUAUCGCCUUGCGAAAUUUAUUAGACGGCAUACUAAAACACACUAGAGCGUUAACAGCAUUAAAGCGUCGAGUAAAGGAUUGGGGAGACUUGUUAACAUACACAGUAUCAAGCAAAUUAGAUUAUUUCACUACGAAAGAAUGGGAGGGUACCUUGCAAAGCAAACAAUUGCCUACCUUUCAAGAAUUGAUAGAGUUUUUGACACGAAGGUGCGAGACCUUAGAAACAGUAGCUAGAAGAAAUCCGUCCAUAGAAUUAAAUAGUAAAUCGCGACAAACUAGCAGUAAAUUCACAACGGCUCACGCGGCGAUAACCGUAAACAAAUGCGCUCAUUGCAAGGGUGAACAUUGGAUUUACCAGUGUAAAGGCUUUAAAGAACUUUCAAUUUCAGAUCGUUUGAGUAGAGUAAAAGCGUUAAAACUAUGUCUGAAUUGCCUAAAGGACAAGCACAUAGCAAGGGAGUGCACGGCUGGCAAUUGCAAAAGAUGCUCAAAAAGACACAGCUCCUUGUUGCAUGAUGAUAAAUAUUCAACGAAGGAGGACAGAGAGGAAAAGAACAAUAUAAAAUCUAAUCAACAGGAAGAUGGAAUAAGUCAGCAAGUAUCAAGUGCAUUGAAAUCAGUGGAGUUGCAUAUAAUGUCGCGAUGUAGUACAUUCAAUAUGGAUAUAGAAUAUGUAAUAUUACCAAAGAUUACACAAAACUUACCCCUUGUAGAAGUAUGCGUAACGAACUUGGACAUACCCAAAGACAUUAAGUUGGCCGAUCCGCAUUUUAACACUCCCAGCAAAAUAGAUAUGUUAAUAGGAGCCGAAAAAUUUUGGGAACUUAUUGGUACAGGGCAAAUAAGAUUGGGAAAAUACAAACCGGUGUUACAAGAGUCUUCAUUAGGAUGGCUCAUAUCCGGGCCUAUUAGUUUAUCGCAAUCAAAUAAAGGAUCAUCAACGAGUUGUCAUUUAAGCACUAUAGACGAGUUAAAUCAAAGCGUUAAAAGAUUUUGGGAAAUAGAGGAUUACACCAAUGCAAAAAAUACUGAUGCGGAAGAAGAAUGUUGUGAGAGAUUAUUUAAAGCAAGUUAUAAGCGUACAACAGAAGGUAGAUUUGUUGUUAAAUUACCCGUUAAAGAAAAAAUAUUGCCACUGCUAGAGAAUUCUAGGAAGGUAGCUGUUAACAGGUUUCUAGCAUUAGAGCGAAAAUUUGCGAGGCAACCUGAGUUUAAAGCUGAAUACGUAGCCUUUAUGCGCGAGUAUCAACAAUUAGGACACAUGAGAGCCUCGAAUAUAAGCCUAGGAAAUAAAUUUAGAGUAUUUCUCACAUCAUGCCGUAACAAAGCAAAGUAG